CACAUGUUUGCAAAUGGGCUGCACCUUUUUAUUUUCUCUUUUUAGGGUUCCUGCAAACACAGCAUCUGAACAAGAUCAAAGUGCAUAACCUGAUGGAGUUGCCUGCAAAUUUCGAGAUGAAAUCCAACCUAAUAUGAAGGCUGAGCAAACCUGGAGCAAAUUGGAGUGACUUAAGAUGAUCCAAAACUCAAGAGAAGGAGAAGCUUUCACCGAGCAAGGUGUUGAUGAUAAGGGUCAAACAAGUUCGAGAGCAUGGUCGGCACUCAGAAAUCCAAGAAUCGUGCGAGUGUCAAGAUCCUUUGGAGGAAAAGAUAGACACAGCAAGGUGACAACUAUAAGAGGUUUAAGGGAUCGACGCAUCAGGCUAUCAGUGCCCACAGCAAUCCAACUGUAUGACCUUCAGGAUAAGCUUGGUCUGAAUCAACCCAGCAAAGUCGUGGAUUGGCUGAUCAAUGCUGCUCAGCAUGAGAUCGAUAAGCUUCCCCCACUGGAAAUGCUGCAAGGAGAUCUCACUCAGUUCCCUCAGUCUGUGGCAACUCCAGCUUUCUUUGGCCACACCGUUCCUGAUGAUGGUGAGUUUCUUCCCAGAGAUAAAGCUCAUCGAUUAGCAUCAUCAUCUAGUUUGGCAACUGCUGAUAUCUUUAACAGCAACGUUGUGCCAAGAUAUGUCAGUAACAGUUUAGAUGUUCUUAUGGGGAGCAAAGAAAAGGAAGCAUUGAAGGAAACCCGUGGCGUUGUGUUGGAGAACGGUGCAGUCACUUACAGUCCUUUCUAUCAUUUGGAGCCACCAAAUGCUUACUCUUCUCUUGCUCAAUCCGAAGCACCUCAUGGUUACCGCCCGAUUGCGAUACUUGCAUCACACAUGGCGCAGAACAUGGAAUCAAAGCAGUAUGGCCACGUUCAGAUGGCAAGCCCAGCAUCAGGAAGUGUCCCCCUAAGAACUUCUCUGCAUGCAGGUAUCCCUAACUUGGUGGUUCUCCAACAAAACAGUAGUGUCUUCAAGCACCACCCUCAUGAUCACUAGCAUAAGAAUAAGCAGCGUGUACUCACAACUCAGUAAUGUUCCUUUUCUCCAUGUACUGGAAAUGCUGGCCUUAUAAGUAUUGGAUGUGGCAUAUAAAGUUUUUGUGUGUUUGAAAGUAGAAGAAGAAGAUUUAUAUAUAGGAAUUGUUAUGUGUGUGUGUGUGAGAGAGAGAGAGAGAGAGUGUGUGUAUGUGUGAAAUUUCCAGCUGCAAUUGUACUCCAUUGCUGCAUACUUGCAGUUAUAUAUACAAAGCAUGGC